AUGUCCUCUAUUGUCUCUCUACAGCGCCUCCGCACUCUCCUCCCCAACCUCGAGAUAGGUCACUGGCCCACCGGCCCUCUCAAUGGCAUCACCGACGUCGCCGGCGUCCUGACACACACCACCACCCUCCAGCCUGCCUCCAACCCAUCCGUCAACACAGGCGUGACCGUCAUUCUUCCCCACAAGGACUGGUUCCACCAUGCCGUCUACGCCAACGUCUUCCGCUUCAACGGCUCCGGCGAGAUGACCGGCUCGCACUGGCUGCAGGAGACGGGCCUCCUGCACUCGCCCAUCGUGCUGACCAACUCCUUCUCCGUGGGCGAGGCCUACCGCGGCGUCUACGACCACGCCAUCCGCUACCACAGCGACCCAGCCGACCACAGCGUCGACUGGUUCCUGCUGCCCGUCGUCGCCGAGACCUUUGACGGCAUGCUGAACGACCUGACCGCCUUCGCCGUCAAGCCGGAACACGUCGUCGAGGGCAUCGCCAAAGCCUCUGCAGACCUCACCCUGGAGGGCUGCACGGGUGGAGGCACCGGCAUGCUCUGCCAGGGCUUCAAGGGCGGCACCGGCACCAGCAGCCGCGUCGUCCCGGGCCUGGGUUCGAGCACUGCUGGUACGACCUACACCGUCGGCGCCCUCGUCCAGGCCAACUACGGCCGCCUCAGGGACUUCCGCGUCACGGGCGUCCCCGUCGGGAAGCUCAUCAUGGAGCAGCGCGAGAGGGACAACGACACCGCCGCGCUGCGCCAGCAGGCCGUGGUCGACAGGGAGAAGGACAAGAAGGACGGCAGCAUCAUCGUCAUCCUGGCGACCGACGCGCCCCUGCACCCGACGCAGCUCGAGCGCCUGGCCAAGAGGGCCACCGUCGGGCUGGCCAGGGUAGGAGGGUAUGGUCACAACCCCUCUGGCGACCUCUUCCUGGCCUUCUCCACGGCGAAUAAGAUCCCUGUGCAGACUGUGACGGCGGGCGGCAGGUCUGUAGACCCGUUCAGGGCGCGGGCGCUGGGGAUCGAGGUGGUGGAUGACCAGAGUAUUAAUGCCUUGUUCGAGGCGGCUGCUGAUGCUACCGAGGAGGCCAUCUACAAUGCCAUCUGCAUGGCGCAGACGACGACAGGCUUCAAGGGGAACAAGGUGGAGGCCAUUGACCUGCAGCAGCUGAAGGGUAUCAUGGAGGACUGAGAAAGUACUUGGAAGGGAAAACAGAAGCUGGACAUUUUCUGGGUCUUGUCGACCGAGUGCUAGCUUUAGUGGGAAUGUAUUCUCAAAUAUGCAAUUCUAUUUCCAUGUGACAAUUGCAUAACAGUUUGAAUUAUCAUUCUACUGUAC